AUGAAUAGGGACUCCUUAGGACAGAUUGGAAAGGGCGGUUCUAGGAGCCCUGGAGAUCUAGGAGCUCUGAAAGGGAAGGAAGUACUAGAAUAUGCUGAAGAUGCUGCGGAAGGGCGAUUGCUGGGAGUGGACAUGGGCCGGAUAAAGUCGUUUGGAGAAGGAGCAAGUAAGGCAGUGGGCAUGGUGGCAGCAGAAGCUGGUGGAAGAUCAGGUACUGUAGGGUCAGCGUUAGUUGGUGAAGUUGCCGGCGAGGGAGGAGGAGAAGGAGGAGGAGGAAAAGGAGGAGGAGAAGGAGUAGGAGGAGAAGGAGAAGGAGGAGGAGGAGGAGGAGGAGGAGGAGGAGGAGGAGGAGGAGGAGGAGGAGGAGGAGGAGGAGGAGGAGGAGGAGGAGGAGGAGGAGGAGGAGGAGGAGGAGGAGGAGGAGGAGGAGGAGGAGGAGGAGGAGGGGGGGUAGGAGGGGUGUGCAUAGCAGCAGAAGCGCCAGCAGUCAGUGUUCAGAAUGGACCAGCUUAUUCUCCUGAUUGCAUCUCCACUUUCAGCAGCAGCAGCUCCGACAGAACCGCCCCUUUCUCCUCUGCCCCUUCUCCCUUUGCUUCUUUUCGACACGCCUCCCUUCCUGCUACCUCUACUCCUUCCACCUCCACCGGUGUGCUAAACUCCACCCUUCCUCCUUCCACUGCCCCUUCCAUCUCUACUUCUUUCCUGCACUCCUCCCUUCCUGCUGCCUCUGCUCCUUCCACCUCCACCGAUGUGCUACACUCCACCCUUCCUCCUUCCACUGCCCCUUCUAUCUCUACUUCUUUCCCACACGCCUCCCUUCCUACUACCUCUGCUCCUUCCACCUCCACCGAUGUGCUACACUCCACCCUUCCUCCUUCCACUGCCGCUUCCACCUCUACUUCUUUCCUACACUCCACCCUUCCUGCUACCUGGGAUUACAAUGUCGCUGUAUCUGGGAAAUUGAUGAUGCAAGGAGGGGAUCCAUCGGUGCAAGAAGCAGAGGAGAUGGUGGAGGUACCCAACAUGACAACGGCAGGCCCAGCUUCAAACAUGAUCACAAGCUGGCAUGCUGAAAUGAUGCAGCAUGCGCCUGCCAUGGUGCCCCCGUUCGAGUCGCUCUGGAGGGAUGACCAUGGCAUGCAGUAUGGAUUUACCAUGUCCCGCAUGUCUUCUAUAUGUGUCAGACCGCCGCGUCAGCGUCACCAGACACAUCGGCUGCAGCAGCGACAGUGGCGGCGGCAGCAGAAGCAACAGCAUCAGCAGCAGCAGCAGCAGCAGCAGCAGCAGCAGCAGCAGCAGCAGCAGCAGCAGCAGCAGCAGCAGCAGCAGCAGCAGCAGCAGCAGCAGCAGCAGCAGCAGCAGCAGCAGCGACAACAGGGGCCGCAGCAGGGUCAGCAGCAGAAACAGCAGCAGCAGCGCCAUGCGUCAAGCUUCUGGCAACAAAAUUUGCAAUAUUCAAUGAGGAGAAAGGAAAUGGGUGUUGUGGGUGCUAAGGGUGGUGGAGGUCGCGUGGUUAGCAGUGUGGCGGUUGCUUCCAGGGUUGCUGGUGGUGCCAGCAUUGCUGGUGCUGCAGUUAAGGCCGGCAUUUCCAGUGCUGCUGGUAUUGCUGGUGCUGACCUUCAGGACCAGCAGCAGCAGCAGCAGCAGCAGCAGCAGCAGCAGCGCCAUGCAUCCCGCGUCCUGCAAAAAGGCUCUCUGGAUGUGAUUUCUGGAAAGAGUUGCAAGGCAGCUGCAUGGAGCCCUUCUUCAGACCUCACAGGUGCACCAUUCCCCAUGACGGAGUGGAGGGAGCCGCAGAUUGUUGCCAGUGCUGUCUGUGUUGCUAGUGCAGCUAAUAAUGUGGGUGUUGCCAGUGCAGCAGGUGUCGCCAGUGUUGCUGGUGUUGCCAGUACUGCAGGUGUUGCCAGCGAUGCUGCUGUUGCCGGCACUGAUGUUACCCGUGCUGCUACCAGUAUUGCUGCUAACGUUUAUGGAGGCAGUUGUGUUGCUGCCGGCGCUGCUGCUGGCGCAGCUGCACCCAUUGCUAAUUGCAAUGUUGCAGGAGUUCCGAUCCUUCCUCCUCCCGCCUCUCCGCCCACCAUCUUUGAUUGUACAACCAGCUUGCGUGGGUUCCACAGCACAGAACAAGGCUGUGUUGAAGCCUUGGCGCAUGCUGUCUUUGGGAAAACCAUCUGCAUGGAGAUUGGGGGUGUGGACAGCAGUGGUGGAGCGGUUUUCAUGCACGACUGUACAGCAGCAGGCUUCGAAGUGCCACACAGUGUUGUUGCUGCGGAUCAUCCCACUGUGGAGCAGACUGGUCUGGACCAGCCUCGCGCAGAACAACCUAGUUUGGACCAGCCUAGUGUGGACCAGCCCGGUGGGGAACAGGAUUGCAAGCAUCAGGCGUGCGCAGCCCAGCCGAUUCUGCUCUGUGCUGAGAAGCUGUUCGCUGCCCAGCCUACUUCUGGCGAACGGUGUUCUGCCGAGCACCAUAUCAUGGCAGACCUUCCUCUCCCUCACUCCUCAGUGGAUCUGUUGCUUCUUGACGAAGAGCAGCACUCUGCCUUUGCUGCAAUGGAUCUCACUACCCCAUUUUCUCACAUCGAGAGGACAGCUCGUUGCGCCUUUGAGAACUAUGCUUGCUCUGUGCCUUUUAUGGGAGCAACAGAUGUAGGUUUGGAUGUUGGGGGGGAGGCUAUGGAUGUGGGAGGGAUGGGAUAUGCAGAAGAUUUUCAGCAUCUGACUGUGAGUGCCACUGAUGCUGGAAUCUGCACCAUUGAUCCGUUAGAAAUGUUCUUGAUGGAUAAUGGAGAAUAA